AUGACUUCGCAGCCGCCGACCUUCUGCUCCCUCAAGCAGAAUGGGUGGAUGCUGAUCGCGACACUCGCUUUCUCGUCUCAUCUGCUCCUAUUCCGUCUGGUCGAGCUCUGGCCCAGACAGCUAGCUCUGCUCUACACGCUUCUAUUUGCGCUCGAUGUUGGUCUCCGUCAUGCUUACUGCCCCGGUAACCUCUUCAACGCCGUCCUCACUACAUAUGCCGACCUGACCCUCUAUACCGUUUUUGUUCUGAUCAGCAUUGGUUUCUUCCGGCUGUUCUUCCAUCGAACUGCGCACUACCCUGGUCCAAAGUCAUGGGCUCUCUCUAAGUGGACUCUACUCACCACCGACAUCCAUGGCCUGCGACCUCGAGUGGUGCACCAAGCCCACCUCAAGUACGGCGACUUGGUCCGUACCGGACCACGUGAAAUUAGCAUCAGCUCACCUCACGCCAUCGCCGUCAUCAGCUCCAACAACAGUGCGUGCGACAAGGGUUCAUGGUACGAUGUCAUCCCCGGUGGGCGUGGGCAAAAGUUCGUCCGUUCGUUGUUCACCAUUGUCGAUCGCGAACAGCACCAGCAACGACGUAAAGCCUGGGAAGCUGCCUUCACAAGCAGGGCUCUCAAAGGAUACGAGCCCGCCAUGAUGGACAACCUGGACGUUCUGCUCAGCCAGUUGAGCAAGCGAGCUGCUUCGGGCGAAACGGUGCAUAUUGACGACUGGAUGAUGUUGUACAGUUUCGACCUCAUCUCCCACGUCGGGUUCGGACGUAACCUCUCCCUUCUUGAGCAGGGGAAGCUGACGCCCAUCUUGGAACUUCUCGAAGCCAACGUCUGGUUCAGCCAGGUGGCCGGCCACCGACCGUACGUGUGCGAGCUCUUGGCUCUCGUGCCAAACCCCAUCGAGCCAUUCUAUCAGUUGGUGAGGGAACAGCUCGCCGGUCGUCUCCAGCACGGCGAGCAAGCAAAUCCGGACAUCAUGGAGGUUCUCAAAGAGCAUGCCAGGCAGAGACGGGAUCCAUCGAUCCACGAAGAUCUCCAUGCCAAAAGCGGCGAAGAGUUUGCCGAGGCGGUCAACAUCAUGGUCGCUGGAAGCGAUACCGGCGCGAGCGUCAUGGCGAUGACGCUCUUCUUGCUGGUGCAACAUCCGAAAGUGGUGGACGAGUUGCGAGAGGAGCUCGAUGAAGCGUUUGGCAAAUACAACGGAUCCGUCGUAUCCGAUUCCUCGCUGCUCGACUCCUCCUGUCCAUUGCUUAAUGCCGUCAUCGACGAAUCCAUGCGACUCUAUCCUCCCGUCGCUCCUGGGUUGCAGAAAGUCAACAGGCGCGGUCCAGUCACAAUCCGUCUCCACUCCGGCGAGAUCCACGUCGUUCCCACCGACACGAUCAUCACCGUUCCGACCUACACAAUGCAUCGCGAUCCACGCAACUUCAGCCCGGAACCUGAUGCCUUCCGACCUGAGCGAUGGAUGUAUCCCGAGAAGGAAGACAAAAUGAACAGGGAAGCUUUUGUCCCCUUUUCGGCGGGCCGACAUUCGUGCCCAGGAAGGAGGCUAGCACGCAUGGAGAUGAGGUUGGUGAUCGCAAACUUGACGAGAAAGUUCGACAUGGUCAAGGCGGAUGGCUUUGAUGCUGACCGGUUUGUGGAUGGUGUGAGGGACGCUUUCGUCUCGAUGCGGUAUCACAAGUUGUCGGUCAAGCUCAAGGAGAGGAAGUGA